GCUAUCGAUGUGUAGUAUUAUUUUAAUAGGCACUGUCGCAAAAACAGAACUGGAUACUUAAUAAGAUAGAAUACUUGUCAACGCCAUAAACAUCUCAACUGAUGAAAUAGUAUACCUUAAGACAUACCGUAGAGUAACGUUGAUGAAAUUGUUUUGUGUAUCUUAUAUUAGAACGAGUUAUUAACUGAGAAAUAAGUGAGUUUAAGAAAACAGCAAAGAAACAUUUCUGGAUGGCGGCUAUGAAUCCGUAUGCCUUUCGUGGGUGGCAUAUACCCUCGUAUGCCGAUGGUGCUAACUGUGAUAGAAACUAUCCUCACAUGUAUGGAACUUGGCCCCAUUCGGGGUAUUUCACACCUGGAUCAGUGUAUUCCUUGCCCUCGGAAACAGCAAAGCAGCAUGCAAAUACAGACUGGAAACUGUGUACCCCAACGACAUCUGAAGGUAUGUCCCCAAGGGAUAAUAAUUCAUUAAUGAAAACCGGAUAUGAGAAUUUACUAUAUAAAAGUUCAAAUAUUCGAGGGGACAAUGACACCCCAAGGGACGAUUCUCAAAGAAGCUGCUGUGCCAUAUCUUGCAGUUGUAGCAGUCAUCAACGACUAAAUGUAUUAGAUAAUUCAUGGAGGGGGCCCGAUGCUUUAGACCUCAAUAAAGCUACUUCAAUGUCAGCUUACUCAACUUUCUGCCAAAGAGACAUGCAACAGAUUCAUCUUCCAUCAACCACACUUGCUCCCACCACAGUUACGUUACGGAAGCGACGGCGGCCAUAUUCAAAAUUUCAAAUAGCAGAACUUGAAAGGGAGUAUAACAACUCCACAUAUAUUUCAAAGUCUCGCAGAUGGGAACUUUCACAGCUCAUAAACUUGUCUGAACGACAAAUCAAAAUAUGGUUUCAAAACAGGCGUAUUAAAGCAAAGAAAGUUGUAAAAAGGGACGAUACACCGACAAAAUCUCAGGUACCGUGUAUGCCUCAGUCUAUAAAUCAGUGAUUUGAAGUAUUGUAUUGAGUAUUGUCCAAUGAAAUGGUUGCUUACAUCAGGACAAGCACUUAAAAGGAUAAACCAAUCAUCUUCUUUCAGAGGAGGACAUAGGCAGUAAUGCAAGUGAAACUGGACGCCUCAAGUGGUGCAUUAUUAUUGUGUAAUAUUAGUUGUCUCAAUUAUAUGGUCCCAUUAUUGUUUUGGUGUUAUAUUUUUAUGUUUUAUAUUUUUUCUGGUAAUGAGAUUACCAUGACUAUAAUCAAAUUUGAAAAUCCUUUGUAUUUAUGUAAAUAGACCGACCACAUGCAGUUGCACAUUUUUUCUUGUGUUAUUAUUUCAAACUCUGAAAUGUAUGGAAUUGUUUAUUUGAUUCUUACUGAACUAUUUACAUAGGAUUUUCUCAUUUGGUAAAUUUGCAUAAUUUGUCGCAUUUGCAAUAUAUAAAGGUGUCAUUACGGGGAUUUAGUAAAAGAGAUUUUAGAGGAAGUAAACUGCACUUUUAGAAAUUCUUCGAGAUGCCAAUGUCUUGCCAAUAUAUAAACAUAUAUACUUCCAACCGAAUAUAAUUGUAUAAUUUACAUGUAUGUCCAAACGAUAUUCUUUUUCUAUUUACCUCAAUCGAUGACUGACUGUUUCCGCGGACAAUAUGCUAUAAGUAUGAUAAUUUUAUUUUAAAGAUAUAUCUUCUUUUAGAUAAAAUGAAAAUUACCUUCAAGAUAUUUUAUGUUUAUUUUCGACUGUGAAAAAGUCCUAAAAAAUAAUAGUGAUGCUUGUUUAACAAGAAAUUAAUAACAUAUUCUAGAAAAAUCGCCUUUAAUUUGCCUAGACAACUGAAGCAAAUUAUUAUUUAACAAUUUUAAAACUAAACGUAUGAAAACAGUUGAUUAGUAUUUUACAAAAUUGUGUUGGUAUAGCCUCGCAAACUAAACCGGAAGCACAGCCAGAAGUUAUGCAAUGAAUUUCUUUUUAUAUCUAAGUAUGCGACUACGCCGCGAAAUAGCCUUUUACGCUAAAGCGGCGUCAAUCAUACAAUCUUGACAAGCUGAUGUAAUUCGUGCAUUUUGGAUGAUGCGUUUUGCUGAUGAUAAUUUUAAGGCCACGAUUCCAUGCUUAAAAUUUGAAAUAACACAAGCCCAAAGGGUCAAUUCAGAAAAAUACUAUUGUUUUUCGAGAGUCGUUGUUUUUUACCGUUUUAGUUUGGUUUCAAGGACACUGUGACUGAACCAUAUAUUGUUUUAGGAAGAUUGAAGUUAAACUUCUGAUUUGGUGUAAGCACCGCCAAGAGUAUAAAACAAAUACUUUCAAUCAAAGCAGUUUCAACCAACCUUACUUUAAAUAAAAAUGAUACCAAGGAGAGAUAAUGAAUUAUAUCCUUAUAAGCUUUUUAAAUAUUUAAAUUAUCUCCCCAUAAAUUAGUUUUUAUCAUGUAUCGGACGUUGACAAAUUACAUAACUUACCUAAAAUUACAUUAACUAAUAUAUAGUUCUCUUUUUUUUGGUGCACAUUUUGUUAACUGUUAAAUACAGGUAAAUGAUAUUGUUUCUUGAUUAUUUUUAUUUUUUUGGUUCUUUGUACGUAUGGUGUUAAAAACUUCGGUGUUCAUGACAACAUAACAUGUGGACAUUUACAUGAAACUAAAAGGUGUAUUGUAUCAUAGGUUAUCAAUAGUCUUUUUAUACUUCUUGGUAUUAUUUUAUACUUCUUGGUAUUAUUUUUUUAUGAUUUGUAUAUGAAACAUGAUGUAUCAAAUUUAUACAUUUGGGACAAUUUUCGUUUCAUCAAAAUAAGAGAACCACCUCAAUGAUAAAUAGCAAUCGGAUAUGUAAUCGAUAACAUCGAAAGAAAAAAAAACUUUAUGGUAUAUCAUCACGCCACACGUGAAAAUUCAUUUAAUGCUAAGUUUUUUCAUUUGAAAAACAAUUUAUUGCUACAUAUUUUGUUUUAUUUUUCUCUUCAGGGGCGAAGGUUCCAACGUUUCUAGACAAUUCGAUUUGACUGUUUGAUAUAGAAAUAUAAGUUGUCAGAUUUACAUACGAUAUUUACACUUUGGUGAUUUUUAUAUUAUGGCGGACGUACAUGUCACAGACAAAUGCGAUAUACUGUUAACUCUUCAAAGAUGAUCAAAUCUAGAAAGAUAGGAAAUCUAAAUUAACUCCCGCUUCAUAGAUAUAUAUUGUGUUUCCUGGUUUCUGUUUUAAAUACCUAACAACAGUUUAUGACUUACUCUUGAAAUGACUUACUGGACCUCAGUUUUACAAUAUAUAUUUGAUUGAACUUGUAUCACUUCAGACGUUUUAAGCCCUAAUCAAACUAAUAGCGAUGAUUUUUUUUUUACUCUUUUAAGUUUUUAAAUAGCACUCUAGUAAAUUUUUACCUGUAACUGAAUAAAUCAGAAAAGUUUGAUAAUUUUGAGUUUUAUUACUUCAAAUACAUUAUCUAAAUUGAAUAUAUCAUUUUUAUUACAUUUAUUUAUUUUUUUAUGUAUAUAUUUGACAAUAAUUAUAUGAAAGAGGUUGUCUUUGGAUAAUUUGUUCAGGAAUUCGCAAUGAACAAAAGAGUUUAAGAGGGGGAAAAUCAUUUCGUUUUGAGUGCGGUAAGCAAUAAACCGCUUAUCGUAUAUGCUGUACAAUGGACAUGACUUUAAAAAGUGAAUGAUGCACUAUUCUGGAUUUUUGUCAGACUUCAAUUUUAAUUCCAAUUUACAAUUUCGUUGGACGAUAACAUCGUUCGUACACAGAGAACUGUUCCAUCAUUGGCUUAAAUACAUUUCUUUGGAAGGUUUGAACUAUCAAAAUAUCUUAUUUUUUUACUUUUGGAAGUACUUAUAAUCUACCAGAUUAUGAAAAAAUAAAAUAAAUAUAUGUCAAUUCAAAUUAACGAUUUGUAUAUGGAUAAUGCAUAUAUAAUUAAUGUUUGUAAGUUUAUUCGUUAGUUUGUGUUUAGUCUGUAAUUUAAGCCAAAGCUCUUUUAUCGACGAAUUUCUGCAAAUGCGAUUUACUAAGUAAUGAAAGUAGAUAUGUAAUAAAAUUUUAUAGAUGUUUAA